CUCAAAUUUCUUCUGCUGGUAUAAACGUACUCAACAAUCGAAAACAUGAAACUAUAUAUCUUAUUGGGAGUGCUCUUGAUUUGCGUGUCACUUUGCUAUGGCAAUAAUGCAGGAGGUAGUGCAGCGGCUUAUGGAGGCGGUGCAGCUGGAUCCUAUGGUGGUGGUGCCGCUGGAGCCUAUGGAGGUGGAAGUGCUGGUGCUUAUGGAGGUGCUUCAGCAAGUGGAUCCUCACAACUUGGUGUAGGAAUUGGUGCUGGUGCUGGCGCAGGUCUUGGUACUGGAGUUGGACGCUAAGCUGUUGAAUAAUUAAUUAACUAUAAUCACUCUUUUAAUGUAAACAAUGUCUGUAAACACCAGUUAAAUAUCCUACGAAUAAUGUUAAUAAAUAUUUUUCUUGAACUCUUAA